UCACAGCCUCAAGGCGCGCAGCCGUACAACCAAUGGCCACUCAUUCAAAUCGAGCUGAAUACACAUUUGAAGUCCGCAGGGAGGGAAAAAAAUUUGAAGAAACAAACCAAACCAAAACCCCUGUAUCAUCCUGAACAAGAAUUGUCAGAGAAGAGCCAUGGCUCCUCGCUUUGUGAUUCCUGAUACUCUCAAAGAUUUGGAAGAUGUUCCGGACGAAGAAGAGCGCCUUUACGCUCAAGAUGUUGUUAAAUUGGACGCGCUUUCACCUUCAGAAAUAGACGAGCUCGUCAAGGGGGUGGCAUUUGACUUGGCCGAUAGGGAUCUGUUUUGUGUGGAGGAGCAGCAACUAUUUGAUCAAACAUACUCUCUUGUUAAGGGAUUCCAAUUUCUCCAACCCUCGGCCAAGGGAUACUUUAUUGAAAGCCUCAGAUCGAAUUUUAGCGUGCUGCUUCUUAAUAUAACGACGCUUUCCUCUCAUUCUGCUUCCGACGGCCCAUCUCUGCAGGAUCGGAUAAGCUCCUGUCGAAAUGUGCUUAAAAUUUACACUUAUUUUCUUCAGACAAUUGUUUUCAUUGAAGAAGCGCAACCUGAGCAGCCUGUGCCGCGUAGAAACAAUGGAAAGGAGAAGAAUUCUCGCAAAAAACACAUUCCCCAAGAAUGGAAUUGGGAAGUUCACUGCUCGAAAAUUAUCUCAAUAUUGGCUACAGCUGUGGAAACCAACAUUAAACAGCUUUAUGGACAGUCUGAUCCAGAAGAAAACUUCCUUGCUUUUGUAGCAAAAGGUGCAUUUUCUCUGUUCGAAAAACCGUCUCUUUUGAAAAACAAGGAGACAAAAGAUGCACUAUGCAAAAUCGUCGGUGCAUGUGCUACCAAGUAUCACUACACAAUGCAGUCAUCUGCUUCCAUUUUACAUCUCAUUCACAAGUAUGAUUUUCUGCCACAGCAUAUGGCUGAUGCAGUUGCUCAAGCAGAGGCAAAGUACAAUGAUGGGAGUUUAGCAGUUUCGUUGAUAAGAGAAAUAGGACGGAUGAGUCCUAAAGAUUAUGCUAGGGAUGCCAGUGGUGCGGAAAAUGUAGGCCGAUUUCUUGUUGAACUUGCAGAUCGAAUGCCAAAGCUCAUGUCAACAAAUGUGGGGAUUUUGAUGCCUCAUUUUGGUGGUGAAUCGUAUAAGAUAAGAAGCUCACUUGUAGGAGUGUUUGGUAAGUUAAUUGCUAAGGCAUUUAAAGAUAAUGAUGGGAAAUCUUGUAGCAGUACACAUAGGCUCCGCAGCAAGCAGGCAAUGCUAGAUAUUUUGCUUGAAAGAUGUCGUGAUGUUUCUGCAUACACAAGAAGUCGUGUACUUCAAACCUGGGCUGAACUAUGUGAAGAACAUUCUGUUUCCAUUGGGCUAUGGAAUCAGGUGUCAGAAAUAGCAGCAGGUAGACUCGAAGACAAAGCUGCAAUGGUAAGGAAAAGUGCAUUGAAUUUAUUGAGUACAUUGUUGCAGUAUAAUCCAUUUGGGCCGCAGCUUCGUACUGCUACAUUUGAAGCAACACUAGAGAAAUACAAGCAAAAACUUACUGGAAUGACACCUCCAAGUACAUCACAUGAUAAUGAAGAAAAUGAUGUGGUAGUCAAGACUGAGAUCUCUGAAAAUGAGGAAGGGGAAAUCAAUAAUGAUUUGAAUGGCAAUGUAGCUGAAGAACAUCCAUCUCCUGACAAAAAUGAGGAGACAGAACAAAACUGUGUUGAAGACAGCGGUCCGUCUCAAGUUGAGAAUGGGGUUGACAACGAUGACAACACUCCUGAUGUUGGGAGUUUAGAACAAACCAGGGCAUUGGUUGCAUCUCUUGAAGCAGGUGUACGGUUUGCAAAAUGCAUGUCAUCAACAAUGCCCGUUCUUGUGCAACUAUUAGCAUCUCCUGCAGCCACUGAUGUUGAACACAGUAUUCAAUUUUUGAUGCGUUGCAGACAAUUUCUGGUGGAUGGAGCGGACUCAUGUCUUCGCAAAAUGCUACCCUUGGUCUUCUCUCAAGAGAAAGCUAUCUAUGAGGCUGUUGAGGGUGCCUUCAUUACAAUAUACAUAAAGAAAAACUCAAUGGAAACUGCAUCAAAUCUGAUAAAUAUCACGAUAGAUGCAAGCGUUGGAGAUAUUGCAGCACUUGAAUAUAUAAUUGGCAUACUGGUUUCGAAAGGAGACAUUCCUUCUGGAACAAUAUCUGCUUUGUGGGAUUUUUUCACAUUUAAUGUGAAUGGAGUAUCUGCAGAGCUAAGUCGUGGAGCUUUAUCAGUGCUAUGCAUGGCUGCAAAAUCGUCUCCAAAGGUCCUGAGUUCACAUUUGUUGAAUAUUAUUGACAUUGGGUUUGGACGAUGGGCAAAGGAGGAUCCAUUGCUUGCAAGGACAGCCUGCAUUGCUCUUCAAAGACUCUCUGAAGAAGAUCGAGGAAGUCUCAUAUCACGUCAUAGCCGAGUUUUCAAUUCCUUAAAAAGUUUACUAAUUGGCCAAGGGCUUACUGAACAGAGCUGGUAUUCUGCAGCUGAGCAGGCCAUAAAUGCUAUCUAUGUACUGCAUCCGAAGCCAGAAAUGUUUUUGGCUGACAUCAUAAGAAGGUUUCAUGCAAGUGUUUUUGGACAAAAUGAGACAUUUGAACAAUUGGCCCCGGAUAGUGAGAAUCAGGUGGAUGAGGCAUCUCUUCCCCACUGUUCUUCAUCAGUGGGCGUUACCAAGUUAAGUAGAUUUCUGUUCAUUGUGAGUCAUGUAGCCUUGAAACACUUGGUUUAUAUAGAAUCCUCCGUGCGAAAAGUUAGAAAACAGAAAGCAGACAAACAGAGAGCAGCAGCUGAGUCACAAGCAUCCGAAACUGAUGCUGAUUUGUCACAGUCUUCCGAAAAAGCAACAGAGGAAUGCAAUAUCAAUGCUGAAUUGGGCGUUUCUGCAUCUGAAGAUGCAAGGCUUGAUUCCCUUGCAGAGAAAGCAGAGAAGGAAAUUAUUACAGGCGGACAAAACCAAAAGUUUAUAAUCGGAAUAUGUGCUCCUAUUAUUGCAAAGAUUUGUAAAGAUUUUGCUCUGUUGCAGAAGUUUCCAAGACUGCAGGCGUCAGCUAUGCUAGCUCUUUGCAAGCUAAUGGUUGUUGACCCCGAUUUCUGCGACGCGAAUCUACAGUUACUAUUCACUGUUGCCCAAAAUGCUGUGUCGGAAACUGUUCGAUCAAAUUGCGUCAUUGCUCUGGGUGAUCUGGCAGUACGGUUUCCUAACCAUUUAGAACCUUGGACCGAGCAUAUGUAUGCUCGUCUUAGUGAUCCGUCAAUAUCUGUGCGAAAGAAUGCAGUGCUAGUUUUGUCACACCUCAUAUUAAAUGAUAUGAUGAAGGUCAAAGGGUACAUAAGCGAAAUGGCUCUUCGGCUGGAGGAUGAAGACCCUCGUAUCUCUAAUCUUGUGAAACUUUUUUUCCAUGAAUUGUCAAAGAAGGGAAGCAACCCAAUUUACAAUCUUUUACCUGACAUUCUCAGUCGACUUUCAUGCCAAAACCUAUCAGAAGAAACUUUCUGCAAUAUUAUGCAGUUCUUGAUUGAUUCUAUAAAGAAGGAUAAACAAAUGGAAGGUCUAAUUGAGAAGCUCUGUCAUCGGUUCUCUGGAAUAACAGAUAAAAAGCAAUGGGUUGAUAUUGCUUACUGUCUUUCUCAACUCACUUACACUGAAAAAGGGUUCAAGAAGCUAGCAGAUUUGUUCAAAAACUAUGAACACGCUUUAUCCGAGGAUGCUGUUAUUGAUUACUUCAAAAGUAUAUCCAAUAAGGCCAAAAAGUUUGCAAAACCUGAAGUGAAGUCUUUUGUAGAGGACUUUGAAGUGAAGCUUGUCAAGAGUCAUGAAGAGAGAAAAGAGCUGGAAAUAACGGCACAAAAUGCUAUGGCGCAUCAGCAAAAAUUAUCUGGUCAGGUGGAAAUGGAAAAGCCAAAUUCAGACGAAACAAGUUGUGAGAGAAAAAUAGAGUCUCAGGACGAUGAGGUUAAUAAGGAGGAUAUUGGUAGUUCCAAGAAUACAUCAGAGGAAAGCACAGGGGGAGAUGUUUCAGAGGAUGUUGAAAGCCACGAAUCAAUCAUAUCCGAGCCUGGAGAUGCUGCCGCCUCUAGAAGUACGAAUGGUGAAAGCCAUUUGGAAAAUGACAUAUCUCCAUCUGCUACCAAAAGCUGUAGGAACGGAAAACCUAUGAAAAAGCAAUCGAGAAGGAAUCCCAAGCUGGAGGAGCCCGUAACGAAGGAAGCGGGCGAAUUCCCGGGUAUCCGACCAGCUGAAGCUAAUGUUGUUCAGCCUGGGAUAGAGCUUCCUGAUGACAACUCAAGUAUAUCAAGUAUUUCACAUGACAAUAUAGGUGAGAUUGUAUCCAAUUAUAAACCUGUAUCUGAUAAUGAACAGAAAGCUGAAACCACUCCUUUGAAAAUCGACUUAGGGGACGCAGGUAUCAAAGGAUUACCUCGACGUAAGAAAGCAGUACAGCUUAAACUCCCGGCUGAAGAGUCAGAAGGAUCAGUCCUAGAUGAAGAGAAAGAAAAUAAUACCAAGCAGAUCCCUCAUACAAGGAGUUCUCACAAGGCUCGACAACAGAAAGAAACGGUCACCUCUCAGACAAGGACUCUACGAAGACGAUAAUGUAUGACUUUCUUGGAGAACUGAAGUAUCAUUGGGAACUUUACCGUGUGAAUUAUCUGCUACACCUUGUAGUUUUAUUGAUUUGUAUUUUAUAUUUGAUCAUUACUUGUUUGAACAUCAAAACUCACAAUAUCACUUUAGUUGUGAGUACAUUAUCUUUUCCAUGUAAUGGAGAGAAGCGUCUUUUAUCUACAGAAAGUUUAAUGGCUUGGUUAAUGAAUUCAACGAAUUAUAUGUUGGUUUCAA